AUGAAUAUUAUCCAGGAUAUAGCAACAUUAUACUCUGCUCUUUUGCUGAUAACCGGUGAAUCAGGACAGGUUCGUUAUCAUAGCUGUUAUAAUUCAUAUUUCAGUUUUUGUUGUCUCACUUACUAUCUAUUUGCACUUGCUUUAUCUUUUUAAUCCUAGUAUUGACUGUGUUGAAAUAAUAACUUAAAAGUUCUCUUCCGGCCUCUACAUUCACGCGCCACAGCUAAGCUGGUUUUCAUGUUUGUUUUCGCUUCCUGAUGAGGGAGAAGUUAGUUUUCAGUUUCCAAAUGACAUAAGUCUACAAACAUUCUCAGAUACAGGCUCUCAAGACCACGGCAAUCGCGUAACGCAACACACGAUAGCUACGAUGCGUGACGUUUUCUUAGCCUACAAUGCGAGGAAGGCGAACGGGUUAAUGCGAGUAAGGGGCAGUGGGGAGGAGAAAGAACUUGCUCCCUUCCUCACGCGCCCUUUUAAACGCCUAUCAAGCAGGUUAUCUUCAAGCGGUUGAUCAGGUUUCAUCAUCAUCAUCAAUCUUUAUUUAUACACGAAAUCGUAUCAUUUUACAUGGUCUUCCUAGGAAUCGUGUUUAAAAGUGGACUAAAAUACUCUAAGGAACUAUUGACUAUAAUGUAAAAAUACAAAAACUUACUUUAUUAAUAAUAAGAGUUACAAUGGGUCAUGGUGUAUUAGAAUAAUCUUUCCCAUGAAUUGAAGUUUUAAAAACAUUUAAACUAGGGAGUUUUUACUGGUUUCCUGGAAAAGCAGGAUCAAGGAUCAGAGAUCAGUUGAAAAUAUAUCAAAUAAAUUACCCCUACGUGACUCAGGGUUUCCUGGAAAAGCCGAAUCAAGGAUCAAGGAUCAUGAUUCUUGAUCCGGCUUUUGCAGGAAACCGGUUGUUACUACGACUUUUGCUUUUUAAUACGAUCUCUUUCUAUGUAUAUAAUCUUUUGUUAUUGUUGUUGUUGUUGUUGUUGUUGUGUUUUCAUGUUAGCAUGUUUACUCCAUCAUCCAAUAAAGCACUACCUAUAAAACUAUCCUGCCUGCGAGAAAUCUCUCUGGGGGACCGAAUUUUAUAGUAAAUUUAAAACAGUAAACUGAUCCCUACGGCAGGGAGAGUGAUAGAGAAAAUGAAUAAAGAAAACAAAAAUAAAGUGGUGAAUUAUAUUUGCCAGAUAUUUCGGUUUCCAACACAAAAGAUUUUACUGAUCCAGGUCUACUAAAGAUCCAGAGGAUCCUCACUGGUUUGUCCCUGUGGUUUUGCCUUCACAAGAGUCUCCCUGGGGUAUUCUGGGAUCGAGUGACGGGAGCUGAGAGAGCCCCAGAGUCCUUAGAGAGUUUGCUUGCAGGCUACUUGAACUACAAUACCCCACUGGAAUUCUUUAAUUCACUCUGACAAAAGGCCAGUGCUGAAAAGCGCAGGUUGUGAGCCAUUUAUAGGUAGCAGAUUCAUAUUUUAACAACUUGGUCGACAAAUCUUAACUUUGCAUGCACACUGCCGUAACUGACCACUGACUGACGGAUCAUAGCCUGAGAAGCAGGCGUCGAAAGGGGUAGGGGAUAGGGAGGAAAAAGGAGGGGGAUUGGGGAGAGAGGGUACCCGCUCCCCUUUUUGCGCCUGCCACGCAGGCUAGACAGAUCAACACAGAAUUGCCGACAUUCAAAGUCAUUUUCUGUUGCGUGCAGAGGCGAAACUUUCUUAGUGUGAGCUGGCUUUUCGCACGCUUGCAGUUCACACUCGGCUCAAAGAUGAACCCUUUGCUCUCAACAAAAACAACAACAACAACAAUAAGCUUUAUUUGCAUGACCAUAACAAAGUAUUACAGUAUUGCAAAAGCUACUUGAAAUUACUCAUUGAUUCCUUGUAAAUUAAAUAUUUAAAAUAAUUUGAAACUUAUUAAUCAUUGUUUAUUUCUAACCAUCAGUAGGAUUAAUUAUUCCGGAGAUAAGUUUGUCUCUCAAUUCAAAGCAAGUUGAUAUAAAUGAAAUUAAUUGGAUGUUAAUAAAAUAGUCAGUAGAAUUCAUCAGAUGUGAUAAUAAGGACUCAUGUGAUUGUAGUCGUAGAAAUGGUAUUUUAGGUUCUAGUUUAGAGAAGAACAUAUCUCUUAUCGAAGAAAAACUUGGACAAUCUAAUAAAAAGUGAGUUUCAUCUUCAAUUCUGUUACAAUUGCAGAGAUUGCAUAACCUUUCGUCACGUGGUAGAUUGUCGUAUCUACCUGUCUCAAUCCUAAGUUUGUGACUGCUUAUUCUCAGUUUCACUAAUGUUUUCUUAGAAGGGUUCUUUCUUGUUAAAUCUAGGUAGACAGAAGGGCUAUAAUUCGUUUUGAUUUUAUAAUAAAAGUUAAGUUUUUGUGAAUGUUGAAGGGUAUGAUUCCAGUAAGUGAUAUAUUUCUUUUGCAUAAGAUCUACAUAUUGCUUAAUUUUACAUUUAUUCAGUAAAUUACAAUUAAAGCCUGGGAAAUCAUAGUAGUCAGUCAUCUUCUUAAGACUGGAGUAAAAACUAUUUUGACCACUAUGAUAAAGGUCAACAGAUAUUUUUAAAGAUUGUUUAACUAUAGAAUUUUCAUCUUUUUCUUGGAGAUAGUUUAAGUAAUUAAGUAUCUUGUUAUUUAUAUCAAUGAUCAGAGGGAAUCUGCCAAGUUCAGAUCUGCAUGCAACAUUGGAUGACUUGUUAUGGACUUCUAAAUAUCGUUUACAGAAGUGUAAAUGAGUUUUUUCGAUUCCGGAGUUAUCUCAGUUAUCUCAGGAUAUCAGACUCCUAGUACCCAGGUCCCAGUUCGUUGCUUUUUUUUCAACAUUGUUGUUUAUCACUCUCCUUUAAUUUUUUUCCCAUUUUUUUUCGCAGCUGAAUUAUCAGGGACGAGUGAUAAGCUACAAGGCAGAAGGUCGCAUCCACAAGCUCAAGUGGGUGUACGAUGGAACAGCAUGGGAUAUAGAGAGUGGAACAAGUGUUAAGGCUAAACACUAUCAAAGCAAACACGGAGCCAUUGAACACGCUGUUAAAGAACUAAUUGAUAAACUCAAAGCUAAUGGAAUAGUAACUGGUUGA